CAGUGCUGGCACGUUGACAGCACACACUCCAUACUUCUCUCACUUGAUUAAAUCUGCAGUCAACGACAAGAUUGCAAAUCGAAAUUGAUUUAUUUGGUCUUAUGAUUCCAAGAUUUUGAGACGCAUGCGGAGACAUUCUUGUUCAUAGAACCAUGGCAGGAUGGACGGUGGUACAAAAUGAGCAGUGAGCCUGUUAUGCACGAAAUAGCUGUGUGUGCAUUGCACGAUCGAAGCCACUUUCACUCGCAGUAAAUUUUGCCAUUUUAAGGAGACAGCAACAUUUUAAUAUCACACGAUCUAUCUGUUUGGUGUUCAUCGAACUGCAAUAAUAAGCAUCAGAGAUCAACCGAACAGAUCAAUAGGAGAAGAUUCAGACUCAGUUUGCCGCACGUGAAUAUUUAGACAGCUCUAUUAAACAUUCUGGGAAGGGCGCUGAUCUUACAGUUGCAUCGGUAGUGUAAAGGCGUCAAACGUAACGGACAGUUUGGAUCUCCUAAAUUCAGCUGUGAUAUCUGGGCGACAGAAUGGAUGACACCACCCCAUGGCCUAACUUCUCCUUCAACUGUACGCAAGGAAACUUGACAGUAGGUAACUGUACAGAUGACGAAGACGGAGCAGGACAGCCAUACUGGGGUGGAAUUGUCUCUGGAGUAUUUUUACUAAUUGUUUGUGUCAUGGGUCUCAUUGGUAACACCACGGUAAUCUUCGUGGUGCUUCGCUACGCCAAGAUGAAAACUGUAACAAAUUCUUACAUCUUAAACCUUGCCAUCGCGGAUGAUUUGUUCAUGAUAGCAUUGGUAUUUCUAUCAGUUGCCACUAUAGCCGGUAAUUAUUGGAUGUUUGGUCCGGUUAUGUGCCAUGUGGUGUACGCCAUUGAUGGUCUAAAUAUGUUUACCAGCGUUUUUUGCUUAACGGCAAUGAGUAUGGAUCGUUAUGUUGCUGUAUGCCACGCUCGUAGAGUUCGUGGUUACCGCACUUUACGACUUGCCAUCUGCGUUAAUAUCGGUGUGUGGGUAUUAGCGCUCGCCGCUGCUAGUCCCAUGAACAUCGUGACGCGUUACGACGCCGACGGUUUACUGUGUCAUUUCAACUUUAACGCUGUCUUCGGUGACGAUGAUUACGCAGUCGACGUAACCCAGAAACUCUUCAUGAUCUACACGUCUUUAAUGGGUUUUGUCAUUCCUCUCAUCAUUAUUUCUGUAUGCUAUUCCAGUAUCGUCGUGCGACUUAAAAAGAUUGGAGCAAGAACUGGCAAGAUGAAGAAAUCACGCAAGGUCAACCGUUUAGUGUUUUUUGUCGUGCUGGCUUUCUUCAUGUGCUGGUGGCCGUUCUAUGUGUGGCGUACCGUCGUUGUCUUUGUACCAAUCAGGCAACAUUGGUCGGUUCUGGUGUCUGACUUCACCAUGUGUUUAAGUUAUCUAAACAGCUGCGCUAAUCCACUGUUGUACGGUUUUCUGAGUGGAAAUUUUAAGAAGAGUUUCAAGAAAGUGUGGAGUUGUUCAGCAGAAGAGGUUAUGAAUGGACCACGACGGACACCACCUCCAGCCCAGCCUAUGUAGGCAUAUACAUGUGACAUGGCUGACACCACGUUAUUGUUCGCAACGCUACACCGCAAAAACUCUGACGUAAAAUCGACAUUCUUGUUUCUCAGUGUGCACUGCAGGAGAUAUAGUAGCAAGGGAGUUAAAUUUACACCACUUUUUAAAAAAAAAGUGGUGCGGUCAUGUAAUUGUUGUCAACAUGCACUGAUAUCACCAAAAUGGCAAAGCAAAAAAUUACGGAUUUCAAACAAGAAAUGCGUCGGGUCAGGAUCUGUAUUAUUUUUAUCGUUAAACUGAAAACAUCCAUUUGUUAAAUGCUAUACGAUUGGUGGCUGUACGCUUAUUUUGCAAUGUACUUUGGCUCGAAAAUGACCAAAACACAGGAGGUCCUAUGGCCUAAUGACCAAAACACAGGAGGUCCUAUGGCCUAGUGUAUACGCAAACGACUAUACCAGUCACACUUUAUUCUUUAGUUUGGAUUCAAAGUUGGAGCAAGAUCCUGUCCUUCAAAAGUCGGUUUUUAGCUACUAGUACAACAUCAGAAAUAUACCAGUGGGGUCUGUGCACUGACAUCAUGGGUAAAAUAGCUUUGUUUUAUUUUGAAAUCGAAGUUUCUACUCACUGUCUGUUUUUCAAUCACAAACGUAUUCGUCCAGUAAAUAAUGUGGUCCAAGUUGUCUCGUAUGGUGACUCCUUAUUUGGAUAUUGCACUGGUAUUGAAUGGAUAUAUUUAUUGCAUUUGCAGCUUGAAAAGAACCAAUGUCUAAUCCAAACGUUUGCCUAAAUCUAUUCUGUUUGUUAUCGUAGGCUAUCCCUUUAAACCCUCACGUAAAUUACGGUACGCGUAACCUUUAACCCCUCUGUGGAAUCUGUAAUUAGAACUUAUAUGCUACCCACCCUCAAAUAACCAUCAGACAAAUCAAGGCUCUUAAUAUACGAUAUUUCAGUGUUUAAAAUUAGUUUCCAUAUAAGAACACGACAAAGUGCCUACGUGGUUGUAAGGAAAGUAUAUAUCGUAAUAUUGUUGCCAUUCUUUAAAAACAGGGGCGGAUCCAGACAUUUUUCAGGGGGCAGGCUCGUCCGAUUUUUUUAAUGUCGGAUCGUUGCAGACAGGUGUACACAAAGGAAAUACAUUGCAUUGUUACUGAUGCACUUACCCUUGUCAUCUUUUUUCAUUACUACUAUUUUGUUGGUGUCAGAGCAGGCGGUUCUGACCCCCAAAGCCCCCCCAUCCGCGUCUGACAAAUCUUCGUUAGAUAAUAUGCAAAGCAUGGUGAUGCAAAUGCAAACUGCUUUUAUGUUUCAUCACAUAGGAAUUUAUUUUCUGAGCACAACAGGCUAGCGAAUGCGGUGUAGUGUCCCCUAGUUCUGUACAAAUAAAAAAAGAAGAAGAUAAUCUGACACCGGCUUCUUCACGCACAACGUAAAUACACAUUUAUGAAUCGUACAAGUUUAGGAUAGCCGUAAUUAAUAUUGCUCAUUGAAUUCUACGGAUUACCAAAUUCAAAACACGUUUUCCUGUGACAGGCCUUUUCUGAAAGGGAAACCCCAUCGCUGUGGCUUGAACUUGGUGGUUCCUUGUCGGUUAGAAUUAUAACUUGACGGGCAAUACGUUAAUAGAAUAUAUCACAUGCGCAGAAACGAUUGGUAUCCGAUGAGUGUUCUUGUUUGUCACUGACUCUAAGCACGGACAAUACGUACAAUAGUUUACCUUUCCAACCACGUUUUGCUUUACAGUGUUCAAUGUUACUGAAAAGGAGACGUUCAGACGCUUGUGAGGAAGACAUGCCGACGGACAUAAAUUCCAAGCACCUGAUUACUGCUGAAAGUAAUUUAACCCCGUCAAGCGUCGAGCCAACGCAGAUGCGUUGGAUCGAGAUUUCUCAGUUAAAAUGAAUUUAGCCUACAUAUUCCCGAAUCGGUCAUUCAGCAGUGAUCGUGACAGCUGCCAAGAAAUUGCAAAAUAGCCUCGCUUCGUUCCCAUAACCUGCCCCAAGGAUAACAUCUCAUCAAGGUCUUUAUAAGUAACCCUCAGAGAGAACCCCUUGACAAGUCGGAAUGACGCGUCGUCAGAAUGAAUGCAUAAGGUCAGCAUCGAUCCCAUAACACUUCAGACACAAGGGUACGGUACGAGACAUAUUUGGGUUGUGAGUCUCCUGGGAAUGUGGAAAGGAUAAUGUUGUUCACACCUUCAGGUUUAUGCUGCGAGAUUUCCGAAAUACUGACCGGUUUAUACAAUUGGGGACCUGCAUUACGUGACCCGCAAUGGCUUCCGCCUGCAUUGCCAAUCAUUCAUGUAGGGAAUGAUAUAACUGUACUCCUUGCGCAAUAUUUGCUGAUGUAGCUCUUGAUACUAACCAAUCAUUUAUAAACGAGGAGAACAUUGGACAGCCGGCAGUGAAGUUUAGUGCGUGGAAUUCAUACGCUGGCUAACAUAGACGGUGUGACAGCUCAACAAACAAACGGACAUUCGACUUGAUGAUUGACCAACAAUGGACAAACAAACGUACCAAGACGGACCGUACACUGGACAUUCCAACUUUAUCACAAGCACCAAUAUAAAGUGCAGAUUUUGAAAAAGGAAAUUGUUUACGUGUAUGUUAUGAUUUUAACAUAGGUUUGAUUAAAAUAAUGUAUUCCCAGUUUUAUGCGUGCCUUUUCUGGACUAAUUUUACCGACACAAAAUUUGUAGGCCCUGCAUGAAUGUAACGUUGGAAUACUGUGUAUAAUUAAUGGCCAAGCGUUUCUCACUAAUCAAGCAAAUUGAGUCACCACGAAGCAAAAACUGUUUGUGAUUGGUCAUAUUGAUUGAGAAUGCCAAAGGUCAAAUGGGAUGCAUUGCUUGAGUUGUUCGCUAAUGUUUGACGAAUGAUUGUGAAGAGACUUGUUUCUGCUGAGAUGAAUUGUAAUGAAUUGUGAUAAAGUUCUUAGUUGAUUAAAUCAAUGAUAAAUUUACUCACAAUGUCUGCACUAACAGCACAGUUUAUACUCGGGGCAUCUAAAUCAACUAGUCAAGCAAGGGGAGUUUACAUGUACUUUGUAUAACCCAAUACGUGUUUUGCUCCAUGCGAAGACACAAUUUCUUGCGAAAAAUAUUGUGGAGAAAGUUUAUACUGUAAAACGGUAACCUAUGGAUUACUGGAUCAGAUUUAUGUAUCACUGCGUAAUUUAUUGCCUUGAUAUUGUAGAGCGUGCCAUUUUGGACGAUUCGUGUUUAAUGGUCAGCUUUUUUAAAUUCUUGACGACAAACAUUAAAUCAAACUAGUGGCGUAUCCAGCUGGGGGGAAGGGGGCAACUUGCCCCCCAUGGACUAUUUUUUACAAAGAAUACUUCAUAGGUGAGUAGGAAAGAAAGUAAUGGGUGAAUUUAUUUACUAAAUAUUAGUCCAAACCCUAAGAAUACAACAACAGCAAAUAAAAGCAAGGACAUCGGGACCGUGAGUAAGGCUUCUGAUUUUUUUUCUCCCCAACAUCAUGUUGAGUAAGCCCGAGGCCACAUUCGCUUUUGAAUCCCCCCACACCAAAGCUGGAUACGCCACUGAAUCAAACAUUGCAUAUAACAGAUGAUUGUUGUAAUAUUUAAUAGUGGACUCUAGACGAAUGGGAAAUGAUGUUUGCCUACGUGGUUCAUGACCAAAGAAAUUUGAUGGUUGUUAUUCAAUUUAUUAAAUAUAUGUUUGGGCAGUUCACUUACAGAAUUUGUUCUAUUCAAAUUAGUCAAGUUUGAUUUAUCUUUACAAUCUACAUUUUCCAUGUUAUAAUUAAACAGCGUUUGCAAUCCACUACCUUCCACGUAUUAUCAGAGCUGUGUUUGUCAGCACUAUCAGCGCUCAUUUGUGCUGACAAGUCAUUUUUUUUAGUGACCUGUGGUAAUACAUUCAAUAUAACAUAAUAAACUCCAAAACACCGUACGAAUCCUAACGACCUCGCAGACGACACUCGCUAACUUGCUAAACAGAAAGCGUGCAAUGUCUGCCGAACAAACUGCUGCGUAUUAUGUACCAUCGUGCAGAUGUGAUUGUUUGAGUUACGGAAUUUAUUUUGAAUGGACAGUUAUAAACUUAUUGACACAUUUAGUGAUGGUAAUCAACAGUAACGUGUGUUUCUGCAGGUAACAAGCUUGACAUAUUUCCGAAAUGGUUUCUUUCAGCUGAAAAGAAAAUAGUCGUUUAUUUACGCUUUUGUUGAUGGGUCAUGUUUUAGACAAGUUUCCUCAUUGUUUCAACUUUUUAACUUAGUCAGUCUUAUUUUGUUGCGUUUUUAUGCAAAGUGGAAGCAGGUUUAUUUUAUUGCACGCUGCAAAAAAAUUGAUGGUCAGUCACCUGUCAACGCACCAGCCAAUUUCAUCACUUACGAGAAAUUGGCUUUCCUUGAAAGGAUAUAGUCUUUACAGAAGAAGUAGUAAUUUGGAAUUCGCACCUAGAACGGAAACAAUAAACUACUUGUAAAAAACAACGCCAGUAAAUGCAUUAACUUAUAUUGUUGAUGGA